CCCCAAUAAAACCUACUAAUAAAUUAUUCUUGUAAGAGAAGUAUUCAGCUGUUUUCAGAAUUUUCAUCAACUCUGUAUUAUUGAAUGUUGCAGGUUUCAAAGAUUAGAAUACAACAGUUCUUGAGCGAGUUAUAAUUCAUUAUAAUAAUUCACAACUUUUACAUCCACAAAAUUAUAUGGCUUGAUAUAGCAAUGUGCGGUUUCUGCCAUUUAUUUUCUUUUGAAACUUUUACAUCUACAAAAUUAUAUGGCUUGAUAUAUCAAUGUGCGGUUUCUGCCAUUUAUUUUCUUUUGAAACUCUGUAUCUAAAUAAUGUAUCAUGAUUUUGGAUUCAUAUAAGCUUAUUUAAGAUGUUGAAGCGACAGUAAGUUAUUUAUUAUUUGAAGAGUAAUUUUUAAUUUCAAAUUAGAACUCCAACUUCAACUAUGUCUUAAUUCAAAUCGCAAUUGACAAGUUUAAGUCACAACUAACUGGUCCAAAACGUGGCGCGCCGCGCCAAGCCGCGCUCGUGGUGCACGGACCUUCUAUUUUCCGCUCUCCUGCGCGCCGUGCCGCGCCGCCCCACCGACCUAGUGCACGUUCAGCUUUAAAGCGGCCAGCGUUCCCCAACUUUUAGUGACUGUUCAUGUCCUCAUGCUACACCAUGCGAAGUUUCCUGUGUGAAAGCAGUCAGACGACUGACAAAUAGGCAACUGCGCAUAUUACUCUAUUAAUCACUGUAAUUGGCUGAUUUCCCUCAAUUUCUCUGUGCUGCAUAUUCCUCCAAGUCUGAAGUAAAUUUGUACGGACAAUAGAACGAAGUAUUGAUAACAGCUAGCUUAAAACAGAAAAUGUAGCUACUAUACUAGACAUUGGCAUAUUGUUCGAAAAAUAAAACAUCCUUAUAGUAUUGUUAUAACUUGUUUGGAUUUGAGUAUAAAAUGCAUUAAACAAUGUAAAAACACAUAUUACAUAUUUAUUUGAAAUCUCAGUGUUGUACGGUAAUGAUAAGUACCUAUCUAUAUCUUAAUAUAUAUCUAUAAUCUUAUACAGUAGAAUCUGAACACUAUUACAGUGGAAGAUAGCAUAUAGAGAUUAUUGUAGUGCAAAUUAAUUAUGUAGUCAUAUAAUUCAUUGAAUUCAAUUACAGGAUCCAUUUAAUUUCAUCUAUAAUAUGAGGACGGAUAAUUUCUUCUCUAGUUCACUUUUAAUAAUUAUUACUACAUUGCGUUUUCCUCAUUGUAAAUACAAUAUAUUAUCAACAACAGGUGUAGCCUAGGUUCGUUUUCCAUUAUCUAACACGAUAGUGGUAAGAAGAGGAAUAACAUGCAUCAUCACAGAAUUUAUUACACUCUUGAAAAGUUAUUGUGCUGUCGAUGUGAGUCACACUGAAUAGGCUUAUUCUGAAACGGGAUCUCAAGGCAAGCCACUAACAAUUCUCUGACUAAAGUGGAGGCUGAAUCCUAUCCAACGCAAAAACAGAACAGAAACCGAUGACAACCGAUGUAAAUGUUUUAUUAUAAAGCGAGAGGUAGUCAGGCAUAUACUGAGUACUGAGGUCCCGGAUAAAUUCAACCUUGAUUUUAAUCCGAAUGAUGAGAGAAUAAAAUCAAUUAUUGAUCAUUCAUCGACUGUAGUCGAACAGUCGUUUCAUUGUUGGCCGGCUAAUAACAACUAGGCCUACUGAUAACGCUGUCAGUCAUUGUCUGAUAAAACACUGUGCCGCUAAACCGCCCGCUGUUCGGUAGUAGCCGAAACGUAGAUAUCUAUACUUAGAAAGUAUUACCUAAUAUAGUGUAAUCCUUCACUUUUGACUUUUCAUUUGAAAUCCUUUCAAUUUUACUCUUUCCUGUACCUUCUCUUUCAUUUGCGUUUCGAUGAAUGCCUUAAAUCUGUGGCAGAAUAUGAAAGUUGGCGUUGGAUGUGACGUGCCUCUAUCGUAGCAGCAGGCAACACAAAGUGUGAACUUGAUUGGCCUCCCACUACCACAGGCACAGUCGACUAGGCCGCAAGACGACUGCGCCGCAUGGUCUGCGCACAGUCAAUCGACCGGCGGCAAGGCGCCCAUCUAACCUCCCCUGCGACUUCAGUUGCCAUACUGUGCUAGCGUAAAGAUCCUGUGUUGUUCGUUUUUCGUUCAAUAAUUUUCAACAUUACAUUUCAUGAUAAUUUGUUACUAUGUACUACUGCAUCAUAUAGUAUACCUACCGAAAUAUGUCAUUCAAAGGUUCAGUGUUAAAAAAGAAGCGCGCACCCGUAUCACUGCCGCGUUGGAACGAUGCGACAAUUGUUCGAUUUUUGCAACUUUACGAAGAAAAUCAGUGCUUGUGGAAUCCCAAACAUAAAGGUUACCGGUUUCCUGUAAUUCGCUCGCAAGCUCUUGACAAUAUAAUUGAGCAAAUGGGACUCCUAAUGGAUCGAGCAAUGCUCAAACUAAAAAUUAAAAAUAUUCGUACAACCUAUCAUCGUGAAAUCACCAGAAUUCUACAUUCAAAAGAGAAUGAGGGAGAUGAAAUAUAUACUCCUCAAUUAUCCUGGUUCAAAGAUGCCCAUCGGUUUCUGCAAAAUGUGAUCGAUGAAAACAAAAGUAGAAGUUUGGAGACAUACUUACAAUUAGAUGAAACAGAAUAUGGUCAAGAAGAGACGAUAAUCGACAAUCGAGACUGGGACAUGGAAGAGGUGGUUCAGGCAGUUGAGUGUGAUACUGCAAGUAUCCCUUCAGAAAGGAAGAUUUCACUAGAAAAGAGGAAAUUCAAUCGAUCUCCAUUGAAGCAGCAGCCUGCGAAAUCAUCUCAUAACAGCUUCAAUCCUAAUUUACAGAAAAUAGUGCGAAAGCUGGACGAUAUAGCUAAGUUGCAGAUUGAGCCUGAUGACGAGUUCCAUACUUUUGGUAUGCAUGUGGCUAACCAACUUCGAAGAUUACCUCUACAAAGAGCGCUAUUUUUACAGAAUAAAUUUCAGACUCUAAUAACGGAGGAAAGAAUGAGUGCGAUUUCUGAUGCGGAAAAUCAAUUCACUGUAGACACUGAACAAGUAUGGAAUACGGCCACAACAGCCACUGAAGUUACUAUUUGUGAGUGAUGUGUACUGUGUUUUUUAAAUCUGGGAAAAUAUAACUAUGACCAUGAACUUUUUUCAAAAGUUUGUUUUAUUUCAAUAUUUUUUCAGCUCAUCUUCUUAAACUACUGUAUGUUCAGUAGACUAUUGAGUCAUACAGGACAACAUUGAUGCUGUUCACGAAUUACCCGAGUAUAGUUCAAAGAGUUGUACUUAAUCAUUAUUGUGAUCCAUAAUUAACUGACUAUUAUCAUUGUGCUACCUUUAUCCUUGCGAAAGUUUAUUGGUUUUGUUUGAACCACAAAAUGUGUAAAUCAAAUAUAUAUUUUUUAUGUUUCAA